ACACAACAUACGCAGAGUACACAACAUAUACACAACAUACACCAGUAGAGACACGUGUACUUGGUGAAGCACCAAGGAGGAGAGCAACCCAAGAGCAUCUUUUUAGGAGGAUGUACUGAAACGGAGGGUGGUUGCCACGGUAACCACUCCCCUCGCACCCGCCCUCCAUUCGCUCUCUCCCCCCUCCCUCCCUCCCUCCACCUCUGUGCUGGCGAUGCUCAUGUCUCUCCUUCCUCCUGCCCGGUUUGUCCUCACCUCUCCCGGAUGCGCUGGGCUCACGCUGGCAGCGAGCGGAUGACAACCAAAGGAGGAGGAGGAAGGAGGAGGAGGACGUGAAGAAGAAGAAGAAGAAGAAGAAGAGGCUGACUCCUCUCUGUCACUUUGAAGUGAAGCAGCGAGGGAGUGGAGCGUAGCAGGACAAGCUGCCACAAGGACACACAAACAGGAUACAAAAGACCAAAAGACAGCCUACGCUUCUCCAUUCUCCUUUUUUGAAGGAGGGCAUUUUUCUUCCCUUUCCCCCCCUUUCCUUUUCUACCCCGAUUUUUCCCUCUGGGAUCCCGGGUUUUGGUCCACCGCCACGGCAGAACUUCUCCGGGAUCCCAGGUGAGGCGCGCGUGUGCACCGCUAGCGGCCGUCAUGGCUCACGCGGCCUCCCAGCUGAAGAAGAAUCGGGGGGAAGUGGAUGUGAAUGCGUUAGAGGACGAGAAGGAGAAGCGGAGGAAGAGCAGGAGAGCCACGUCCCGGGAGCAGAAGAGAAAGUCUGACAGCAAUGCCAGUUACCUGAGAGCUGCCCGGGCUGGAAACCUUGAAAAGGUCCUUGACUACCUCAAGUCCGGGGUUGAGAUUAACAUUUGCAAUCAGAAUGGUCUGAAUGCGCUCCAUCUUGCCUCCAAAGAGGGGCACGUGGAGGUUGUGGCCGAGCUGCUGAAACUGGAAGCCGCCGUGGAUGCAGCCACCAAGAAAGGAAACACUGCCCUGCACAUAGCAUCCCUGGCUGGACAAGCGGAAGUGGUCAAGGAGCUGGUCACCAACGGAGCCAACGUCAACGCACAAUCACAGAAUGGCUUCACUCCUCUGUACAUGGCAGCCCAGGAGAAUCACCUGGAGGUGGUACGCUUCCUUCUGGAGAACAGCGCCAGCCAGAGUAUGGCCACUGAGGAUGGCUUCACCCCUCUGGCGGUGGCGCUCCAGCAGGGCCAUGACCAGGUGGUCUCCCUGCUGCUGGAGAACGACACCAAGGGCAAAGUGCGUCUGCCCGCCCUGCACAUCGCCGCCCGCAAGGACGACACCAAGGCCGCGGCCCUGCUCCUCCAGAAUGACCACAACGCCGACGUGGAGUCCAAGAUGAUGAAUAGAACCACAGAGAGUGGCUUCACUCCACUUCACAUCGCAGCCCACUAUGGCAACAUUAACGUAGCCACGCUGCUGCUGAACAGAGGAGCCGCUGUGGACUUCAUGGCCAGGAAUGACAUCACGCCGCUCCACGUGGCCUCCAAAAGGGGCAACAGCAACAUGGUGAAGCUGCUGCUGGACCGAGGCUCCAAAAUAGAUGCCAAGACAAAGGAUGGUCUAACGCCUCUUCACUGCGGAGCGAGGAGCGGUCAUGCACAGGUGGUAGAAAUCCUGCUGGACAGAGGAGCUCCUAUUCUGUCUAAGACCAAGAACGGCCUGUCUCCGCUUCACAUGGCCACUCAGGGGGACCACCUGAACUGCGUGCAGCUUUUACUCCAGCACGACGUUCCCGUGGACGACGUCACCAACGACUAUCUGACGGCGCUGCACGUGGCGGCCCACUGCGGACACUACAAGGUGGCCAAGCUCAUCGUGGACAAGAAGGCCAACCCCAACGCCAAGGCCUUGAAUGGUUUCACUCCACUUCACAUCGCCUGCAAGAAGAACCGAGUCAAAGUGAUGGAGCUGUUGCUCAAACAUGGAGCGUCCAUCCAGGCCGUGACGGAGUCCGGUUUGACGCCCAUCCACGUCGCAGCCUUCAUGGGCCACGAGAACAUCGUACACGCGCUCACACACCACGGCGCUUCGCCCAACACCACCAACGUGCGGGGCGAGACAGCCCUCCAUAUGGCGGCAAGGGCGGGCCAGGCCGACGUCGUCCGGUACCUGCUGAAGAACGGCGCCAAAGUGGAGACCAAAUCCAAGGACGACCAGACGGCGCUGCACAUCUCCAGUCGACUCGGGAAGGUGGACAUCGUGCAACAGCUGCUGCAGUGCGGCGCCAACGCCAACGCCGCCACCACCUCAGGAUACACGCCGCUACACCUGGCCGCCCGGGAGGGUCACCAGGAUGUCGCCACCAUGCUGCUGGAGAAUGGAGCUUCUAUGUCGUCCUCGACCAAGAAAGGCUUCAGUCCGCUCCACGUGGCAGCAAAGUACGGCAAGAUGGAGGUGGCCAGUCUCCUCCUGCAGAAGAGAGCCGCUCCUGAUGCUGCAGGCAAGAGCGGGCUAACGCCGCUGCAUGUAGCCGCUCACUACGAUAAUCAGAGAGUAGCGCUGCUGCUGCUGGAUCAGGGAGCCUCCCCGCACGCCGCCGCCAAGAAUGGCUACACGCCGCUCCACAUCGCCGCCAAAAAGAACCAAAUGGACAUCGGCACCACGCUGCUGGAGUACGGGGCCGACACCAACGCCGUGACGCGGCAGGGCAUCAGCCCCAUCCACCUGGCGGCUCAGGAGGGCAGCGUGGACUUGGUGUCGCUGCUUCUGGCCAAGAGCGCAGCUGUCAACAUUUGCAACAAGAGCGGACUUACGCCACUCCAUUUAGCAGCUCAAGAGGACAAGGUCAACGUUGCAGAAGUCCUCCUCAACCACGGUGCUGACGUCAGCCCACAAACAAAGAUGGGCUACACUCCGCUGCAUGUGGCUUGUCACUACGGCAAUGCAAAGAUGGCCAAUUUCCUGCUACAGAACCACGCCAGGGUCAACGGGAAAACCAAGAACGGCUACACACCCCUGCACCAGGCCGCACAGCAGGGCCACACACACAUCAUCAACCUCCUCCUCCAGCACGGCGCCUCGGCCAACGAGCUCACCGCGAACGGGAACACGGCGCUGUCUAUCGCUCGUCGCCUGGGUUACAUCUCUGUGGUGGACACCCUCAAGCCCGUGACGGAUGAAAACCUCAACACUGUGAGUGCAGCCGAAAAACACAAAAUCAACGUCCCGGAGACCAUGAACGAGUUCCUGGACAUGUCAGACGAUGAAGUUUGGGCCAAUGUCCCUGAAAGUCUGGCUGAGGACUCGAUGUCAGAUGAUGAUGAUGAAGGUGAGGAUGCUCUGACUGGGGACACUGACAAGUACCUUCGACCUCAGGACCUGAAAGAACUGGGAGACGACUCUCUCCCACAUGAGGGCUACAUGGGCUUCAGCAUCGGAGCCCGCUCAGCCAGCCCUAGAAUCAGCCUCCGCUCCUUCAGUUCGGAUAGGUCCAACACCCUCAACCGGAGCUCCUUCGCCCGCGACAGCAUGAUGAUCGAAGAGAUUCUGGCACCCACCAAGGACACGCUUCAGAGUGUCUGUAAAGACAUUUCCUACCUGGUCGACCCGCUCAAUAAGCACUUGGCUGUGACCCGAGACUACAACCCUGAAUGUAUGCGUCGCUACAGCUGGACUCCAGACAUGGUGGACCACAGCCACAACAUCGCAUCCAGCCCGAUCCACUCUGGCUUCUCCUCCCCGCUCCCUCAGUAUGACUCCAGGUUCCUGGUCAGCUUCAUGGUGGAUGCCCGUGGCGGUUCCAUGAGGGGCAGCCGCCACAACGGCAUGCGCAUCAUCAUCCCGCCCAGGAAGUGCACGGCGCCCACGCGCAUCACCUGUCGCCUGGCCAAGAGGCACAAGCUGGCCUACCCACCGCCCAUGGUGGAAGGGGAGGGCCUGGUGAGCCGACUCGUGGAGGUCGGCCCGGCCGGGGCUCAGUUUCUCGGUCCCGUGAUUGUGGAAAUUCCUCAUUUUGGUUCCAUGCGGGAAAAGGAGAGGGAACUGAUCGUGUUGAGAAGCGACAACGGUGACACGUGGAGGGAACACCAGUUUGAUUCCACUCAGGAAGAACUCUCGGAGAUGCUCACCGGGAUGGAUGAAGAGUUGGACAGCCCUAUCGAGUUGGAGAAGAAGCGUAUUUGUCGCAUUGUGACCAGAGAUUUUCCUCAGUACUUUGCCGUGGUGUCGAGGAUCAAGCAGGAGUCCAACCACAUGGGUCCUGACGGGGGCGUCCUGUCCAGCAGCACCGUUCCCAUGGUCCAGGCCUCUUUCCCUCAGGGGGCGCUAACCAAGAAGAUUCGUGUUGGCCUGCAGGCUCAGCCUGUCCCUGAUGAAAUGGUGCGAGCGGUCCUGGGGAACAGAGCCACCUUCAGCCCCAUCGUCACAGUGGAACCCAGGAGGAGGAAGUUCCACAAACCCAUCACGAUGACCAUCCCCGUCCCGCCUCGCUCGGCAGAAGGACAUCCCAGCGGACGACGCGGAGAUGCGGCGCCUUGCUUACGUUUGCUGUGCAGCAUCACAGGAGGGACGUCCCCCGCCCAGUGGGAGGACAUCACAGGGACCACGCCGCUUUCCUUUGUCACCGAUUGCGUCUCCUUUACCACAAAUGUGUCGGCCAGGUUCUGGCUCGCAGACUGUCACCAGAUUCCUGAGACGGUGAGUCUAGCGUCUCAGUUAUACCGGGAGCUGAUCUGCGUGCCGUACCUGGCCAAGUUUGUGGUCUUCGCCAAGAUGAACGACCCGGUGGAGGCUCGCCUUCGCUGCUUCUGCAUGACGGACGACAAAGUGGACAAGACCCUGGAACAGCAGGAGAACUUUGAGGAAGUGGCACGGAGUAAAGACAUCGAGGUUCUGGAGGGCAAGCCCAUCCAUGUGGAUUGCUAUGGCAACCUGUCCCCUCUGACCAAAAGCGGGCAGCAGCUUGUGUUUAAUUUCUUCUCCUUCAAGGAAAACAGGCUUCCUUUCAACGUAAAGAUCAGGGACAUGGGCCAAGAACCGUGUGGCCGCCUGUCCUUCUUGAAGGAACCAAAAACCUCUAAAGGUGUUCCCCAGGUCGCCGUAUGCAAUUUGAACAUCACACUGCCUACACAUAAGAAGGAUAUGGAGUCUGAUCCCGAUGAUGAGACUGAAAAGCCAGAGCGACGCCAUACCUUUGCCUCCUUAGCUUUGCGUAAGCGCUACAGCUAUUUGACCGACCCUGCGGCGAAAACACCUGAUCGAAGUCCGCAAAGAGCACAGCCUUCUGGCUACCCUCACAAACCUGUCUUUUCAACGAGAUCUUAUCAGGCGUGGUCGCCUGCUCCUGUCGCCGUCGCUGGCCAAGCCAAGUCUGGGUUUGGCUCCCUCUCCAGCUCGUCAUCCAACACGCCUUCUGCCUCUCCACUAAAGUCUGUCUGGUCCAUCAACUCAGCCUCCCCCGUUAAGACAAACAUUCCCGGAUCGCCGGCCUCGUCUGUUAAGUCAGUUAGUGACGUGGCCUCCCCCAUCCGAUCUUACAGAACCAUCUCCUCUCCCAUAAAAACUGUAGUCCAGCAUGCUCAGUACCCAGGCCAGGUUGCCCCCAGUCCUCUGGCGUCACCUGCAAAAAGCGCUUCAGGACUCGCGGCCUUGUCAGCCAGGACCUCCCCUAUCACCACAUCUACAGGAGGUUCUCUUCUCGAGAGGACAUCGAUAGCCAUGACACCUCCAACGUCUCCCAAAUCGUCCCUGAGUAUGUUCAGUUCACCUCUGUCGUACAAGACGGUUGUUGGGGGCCCCGCCGGUACAAUAUCGUCGUCUUCCUCACCCAUCAAAACCGUCCCUGGCCUCUCCUCUGUUCGUUCGUUUGCCUCGGAUGUGUCGGGCCCUGCAAGGAACCUCUUCUCCUCUCUGUCGUCACCUCUCAAAUCCAACCCCCCUCCAAGCGCUGCAGCUCUGAUCAACGGAACGGCGCCGCCAGCGCAGUACCGCUCCUCCUCUCCGACCUCUCUCCUCGCCAGCAGCCUCCAAGAACGAAUACAAGCAACCACCAACGCCGCGACCACCAGCGUCAACGCGGCAUUUGACGAGGUUGAGAAAACAUUCAAUUCUUGUUCGGCUGGCUACGGCACCUUAAAGUCUGUGUCUUCGUCCGCGUCGUCCUCGUAUCAGUCCAUUAGAUCCUCGGCUUCCAGUUCUCUGUACAACUCGCUAAGAUCCCCUCCAAAUGCCACCACUGCCGUGACCUGCAGCACAGUGACAGUUCCUGUGUAUUCUGUCAUCAACGUAUUACCAGAACCCCAGUUUAAGAAGUUACCAGAGGUGUCCAGGUCGGCUGCCGCUAUUCUGUCCCCACGCAAGACUGCUGUGCCCCCUGAGAUGAAUCCCCAAUUGCAGUCAUCAUUUGCCAGAACUCUUUCCCCAACUAAAUCUCCUCUUCUAUCCUCUGGUUUGAAGUCAAACACAACAUCUCCGUUGUCAUCCAGUCAAGAAAUCCUAAAAGAUGUCGCUGAAAUGAAAGAGGACUUAAUCCGAAUGUCAGCUAUUUUACAAACGGACCCAAAUUCAAGUACUAAUAAAGGAUUCCAAUCCGGUCCUACAGAAAAGGUAGAAGACGAAGAGCCUUAUAGAAUUGUGGAGAAAGUAAAACAAGAUCUAGUGAAAGUAAAUGAAAUCCUGACUAAAGACACAAAAGAUUCCGUACAAAGGGGGCCCUUGGAUGAUAUCCGCUUCUCAAAAGUACCUGUUGAACAACCACCGAGCAACUGGAGCUAUCCCCCGAGAUACGAGACCGUGGUCCCUCAAGCAAAAACCAAAACAAUACAAGACAGAGACUUCAAUCUCUCUAAAGUGGUUGACUACCUAGCAAAUGAUGUCAGCGGUAGUUCUUUCUCCAAAAUGCACCCGGCAGAUGAGUCGAAGAGAGAAACGGAUGUCAAGGAGAAGCAAAAACGUGUGCUGAAACCCACUAUGGCGGUUCAAGAGCAAAAACUGAAAAUGCCUCCGACAACCAUGCGGUCUUCGCCUUCAGACAAAGAACUGAGUAAAGUCGCAGAUGCGCUCUUUGGAGCAGACACCGUGCUGGAAUCCCCCGAUGAUAUAUACCAUGAACAGGAUAAAAGCCCCCUCUCCGACAGCGGCUUUGAGACCAGGAGUGAAAGAACACCCUCUGCCCCCCAGAGCGCCGAAGGCAUGGGUCCGAAAGCCCCCUUUCAGGACAUCCCAGUCCCCCCAAUGAUUACUGAGACUAGAACUGAAGUUGUUCAUGUCAUUAGGAGCUACGAACCCCCUGAGGAUAACAAACAGACCCCAAUGGUGGAGGCAAAUCCAAUCAGAUAUAUUGAUACUGAAUCGAAAGGGCAUCCCAAUCAAUCCACAUACACCCCAGAGAUGAAUAAAGGAUAUUCAGUAAAGGUUGUUCCCGAUGAGGAUCCAAUGGGAAAAGGCAUUCGCUUGAAGGAAGAAACUCACAUCACGACCACCACUAGGAUGGUCUACCACAAACCGGACGCGGUCUCAGAGAGGUGCGAGGAAACUAUGUCAGUUCAUGACAUCAUGAAAGCUUUUCAAUCAGGGAAGGACCCUUCUAGGGAGCUUGCCGGACUCUUUGAGCACAAAUCCAAUAACGAAGAAACGUCCCAAAGAGUCCUUGAAGACGUCAAACCGAAGGUUGAAAGAAUAAUUGAGGUGCACAUCGAAAAGGGCAAUAAAACAGAUCCAACGGAGGUCAUCAUCAGAGAGACCAAAAACCAUUCUGAAAAUGAAAUGUAUUACUACCCGGGAUCUCGAAAAGAAGAUGGGGAACCUGACGAACCUCCUGCAUAUCUCGACUCCUCCAGAUUCAACCUCAUGCCCCAAGAGGAUAGUCGUCCCAGUUCAGCCCAGCUAAUGGCAGACGAAUCUUACAAAACCUUGAAGUUGCUUAGCCAGCAAUCUGUGGAAUACAAUGAAGACGAAUCAUCAGAGCUCAGGGGAGGGUCUUAUAAUUUUGCCGAGAAAAUGUUACUGUCUGAAAAAUUUGACCAGUCCCAUUCUGACACCGAGGAACACGUUAGAGAGCGGUCUCGCUUCCAAUCGCCAGACAGAAGCGAGGGUAGAUCAGGAAGUCCAAGAACUGAAUAUAUCUUUCGAUCAUCGCGAAAUAUGUUUGACACAUCAGGAAGAAUGGCCAGUGUUGACGACAACUUUGACACAAUGACACUUUUGCAGCAUUCCUCCGAACCCGGUAGCCCGAAGCAGUCGGUUUGGAUGCGGGUAUCAACUGAUGAGACGGAUAGAAAGGACAGAGAGCAACUUAUAUACGAGGAAAGAGUAGACAGAACUGUUAAGGAGGCCGAGGAAAAGCUCAGUGAGGUUUCUCAGUUCUUCAGGGAUAAGACAGAACAGCUUAACGAUGAGCUGUCCUCGCCUGAGAAGAAGUCUCGAAGACCGGACUUCAGGGAAUCACGGUCAGGGCCCAGUUCCACGCAUAGCAGCCCGGAGAGAUCAGUGUAUAGAAAUGGAGCCAGUGGGGAAGAGUGGAGCAGAGAAAGACUAAGAGACAGAUUUGGCGCUAGUGAUAGGAAAUGUGCUAGCUUACCCAGCAGCCCAGAGAGAAGAGUACUGCUACAAUAUAGCGAUUCCGAUGCCAGGAAACCGGGAGAUAGCAAAUCACAUGAAAGUGAAGGUUCAAAACCUUUUCAAAUGUCUUCUUCCAAAGUCAGCGCAGUGAGGCUUAAGUUCGAACAAGAGGCUCAAAAACAAGACAGGGUUUCUCAGGGUAGCCAAAAUCCAAAUCCCCCCAUCAGGAAGCUCCAUGAAAGUAAACUACCCGUGUAUCAGGUAUUUGCAGGUUCAAACAUUCCAAAAGCACCGGACAGUCCGUUAAAUCAGAGAAGAGCUCAAGAAACUGAGUCCAAGUUGUCGCCCGUGCAACAACAGACCAGCGGAAAGAAUCAGGAAGAUAGGUUAUUCAAAACAUGGGAGAGCCAAGGGUACGGGAACUAUAAACCCCAAUCUCCAAAUUUACCUCACUCAUUAGUCCACGAUUCCACAAAAGAUGACAAUAAAAAUUCUCAAAGACAAGAAAGUACAAAGAAAAUAAUUUACACCGAAUUUGUUGUCAGAGAGAAUCCAAAUACCAAUGACGGUCUAAAAAAAAACUCGGAAUCUCAAAUUCCUGUAAGAAAGCCAUCUAAUUUUCCAGAAAGUCGCAGAUCCCCGUCAUUAAAAUUAGAUGCCUCUUUUGAAUCUCGCGAGGACAGCUCUCGUACGCCGAUCCUUGCUCGAAACCCGAUACAUAGUAGCUUUGAAUCCAACAAAUCUACUUGUGGAUCAUCAGGAAAGUCCACAGACUCCGACUGUAGCCAGUCAAAUAUCACAUGUAACGGUCUUGAUAACGACCAGGUCGAGUAUUCGGAUCACGGAACCCCUGUAGUCGUCACGGAAGGUUUCAAAGAUGUCAAACCAUUACCUGUGUACGUCAGCAUUCAAGUGGGUAAGCAGUACGAGAAAGAAACAGCGUCUGGGCAGCUGGGAACGUACAAAAAAAUCGUAAGCCAUGAGAGCAGGACAGUACACGAAACGAGGGGAACAUUUUAUACCGCCAAACAAAAGCACUCUCCGUCUCCGCAAGGUAGUCCUGAAGAUGACACCCUGGAACAAGUGACAUUCAUGGACAGCUCCGGGAAGAGUCCUGUUACCCCCGAGACCCCAAGCUCAGAGGAAGUCAGCCUGGCCUCCAGAAUGCCUGACUCUGUGAUAGGCUCCAUGGCUGGCAUGCCGAGUCCUAUCCCGGAGGAGUCGGAAGAGGAAGACGGGAAGACCUUUAUCUACAAGGAGACUUUACGGGAAAAAUCCAAGCAGCCAUCCUCACAGAAUCACACUAAGAAACACGAACCAGAUCAACACAAGUCUAAGGAGAAAAGAGUUCCUUAUAUCGAGUUUCCGCCGCCCCCUCCAUUGGACGCAGAGCAGUCCGACCCUGAGAAAAGAAAGUCCUGUGCGUCUUCUGAAACAGAGACAGAGAUGAUGGAAGUAAACCUUCAGGAGGAGCAUGACAAGCACCUUCUCGCCGAGCCGAUCAUACGGGUCCAGCCUCCAUCCCCCAUUCCUCCCGGAGCUGACAACAGCGACUCCAGUGACGACGAGUCUGUCUUUCACCCCAUCCCUAUCAAAAAGUACACCUUCAAGGUGAAAGACGAGGGGGAGAAACGUUCAAAACACAGAAGAUCGGAGAAGAAUGGAAGUAAGGAAUCUGGAGUCAAUGGAGUCGUGAAGGGGGAGGAUGCCGACAUGGAAGCAAACGGGAAUGACCAAUCGAUCACCGACUGCUCCAUUGCAACCACGGCUGAGUUUUCCCAUGACACCGAUGCCACUGAGAUAGACUCCUUAGAUGGUUAUGAUUUCCAGGAUGAGGAUGACGGACUGAGCGAGGAUCCAAAGACAUCCAGUCUGUCCAAUGACGCAAAAGCAGCUGACCGCUCUUUUGGCCAGUCCAAGCUCGAAGUGAUAGAGGAAGAAAAGUGUGAGGAUGGCGGGAACCACGGAACGUCAAAAACCAACCCAUCUUCGUCAAGAAGCAGCGGAGAAGAAGACUUCACUGUUGAAGGAAGACACCCAGAAAGGCAGAGCUUUGGCGACAACUACUUCGGCUACCAACUUGAAGAAGAGCUAAAUGCAACCUUUAAAACGGUAGCCACAAAAGGCCUUGACUUUGACCCCUGGUCCACCAAAGGGAGCGAUAAUGAGGGAGUUUAUGAGUCCAAAACCAAAGACGAAGACCCAAAGCCCUUUGGUUUGUCAGUGGAGGACAAAUCUCAGGCCACCACACCCGACACAACCCCUGCUCGAACACCGACCGAUGAGAGCACACCAACUAGUGAGCCUAACCCCUUCCCUUUCCAUGAAGGGAAGAUGUUUGAGAUGACCCGCAGUGGUGCUAUUGACAUGAGCAAGCGGGACUUUGUUGAAGAGAGGCUUCAGUUUUUUCAGAUUGGUGAGCAUUCCUCUGACCCUCUAACAGGGGAAAAGGGGAGAGGGGGCAAGAUCCUGGGUCUAGUUUCCUCAAAAACAGGGGAGAGGGCCACAGUAGAUGGGAAGGUGAAGGUUCUAGAUGCAACCACAGGCAGCAGCAGCAGCAGCACAACACCACCACCACCAGCACCACCCAAAAGCAGCCCCUCACACCCCGGCAGUGACACAGGCUAUGCCGGUAUCGAAGUACCCACCUGUGACGCCAUAGCCGAAACCGCCUCGUCAUGCACAAUCACAGCCUCCAAAGUUGACCCCAAAUUACGAACCCCUAUUAAAAUGGGCAUAGCCGCUUCCAUAACUGUGAAAAAAGACUCAGGGGAUCCGGGCGAUUUUAAAUCUGAGAUAACAGAAGGUCAGGUGGUGCCAGAGUACAUCAGCAUAGAGGGUCAGUGUACAGACGGCCAGUCUAGCAAAGACACGGAAGCCAAGUCAGAUAGAAGAGAUUACCCGUCGAAGAACUGCAACAACAACAAUAACCUCGAGUCUUCUAGCAUUCAGGCCAACUACAUUCAGUGCGGCAGCGUAGUGUUCAACCUCCAGUCCUCGUCCGAGCCCACGCUUCAGAAAGCAAGCAGAGUAGAAACACUGUGUUGUAGAGAUUUAGACGAGAAAGGAGAGAUAAGCAAUCAAACGGAGCAGCAGCAGCAGCAGAGAAGCGAACCGGUUAAAGAGAGCGAAGUGAAGCUCCCCAGAUCCAGGCUUCCGGUGAAAGCAUCAGGGAAGUCGUUGCACACCCAGGGAACAGCCAUAGGCAAGCAGAAGCCCAAGCAAGCGGUCACAAUUGAGACCAGGAAAAGAGGAGAGCCAGCCAUUGCAAAAGUAGAACCCAGGUCUAGAAUACCAAUCAAGGACAUUAAAAAGAUCGGCCCCACGGCCACGGCUAGCUCACCUCAAUCAGUCAGGGUUAGCUCGACGCCGACGAGGCCGCUGGGUACAGAAAGAGCAGCCAUAAAGUUGCCCUCAAGGUUACCUCUGAAGGACAGGCAUCAGGUCAGCAAGGUCUCGAGCGAGGCAGCGUCCAGACAGGAGAAGCCUAGCGAGGUUUGCAAGCGCACCAUCGAAUAUUUUAAAGACAUUAGCGGAGAGACAAUAAAGUUGGUGGACCGGCUGUCAGACGAGGAGAAACAGAAGCAGACAGAGCAGUCGGAGGAAGACAGCACCUCCCGGAGCACCUCUCUGUCAGACGCCUCGCAGCCUUCCCAACCUUCCCAGCCCUCCCACUCGUCCAGGUCUGGUAGAGGUUCGAGGGCUGAGGCCGGGGCCCCGUCCGUAGGGGCAAAGGUGGCGACGACGGACAGGGCCUCUGGCAGUCAGAGGAGCAGGAGGAGUAGGCGGACUGGUGGGAAGGAGGGCAGUCAGGGACUCACGGGGUCUCGAACACCUCCCAUCGCAGAGAUCAAGCCUAGUCCGCAAAGCCCGUGCGAGCGAACAGAUUUGCGUAUGGCCAUUGUAGCAGAUCAUCUGGGACUCAGCUGGACAGAGCUGGCUCGGGAGAUGAACUUCACAGUCGAUGAGAUCAACCACAUCAGAUUAGAGAACCCCAACUCACUGACAGCACAGAGCUUCAUGCUCUUAAAGAAGUGGGUCAGUCGGGAAGGGAAAAACGCCACAACGGACGCCUUGACCGCAGUGUUGACCAAAGUCAGUCGGAUGGAUAUUGUGACUUUGCUGGAGGGCCCGAUUUUUGACUAUGGUAACAUUUCCGGCACGAGAUGUUUUGCUGAUGAUCACACGGUUUUCCGGGAUCAGGCUGAUGAUUAUCACAGCAUUCUAGCAGAGUUGCAUUCCCCCGCUGCACUUCACUUCGACCCUCACUUCCUGUCGCCCGAACUCCCUGUCACGCCCAACCCUUCUUCCCCCGUCCACCAUCACCAUCACCCGCAACCCGACACCUUUUCAACCGACUCCCAACCCCGACUACGGAACCCGGAGUUAGGUACCGCGCAGCCAGACAGCCCACCCAGACCAUGUCAGCUUGCCCUCUCCGUCCCGAUCUUUGAUCCCCCCGGUGUCGUCCCGCCCAAGGUGCGGAAGCCCCACAUCGCCCUGAACGAUCAGCUGCUUUUGAGCGAAGAGGAGGACAGGUCUUAUAAAGACAUGGAGCCCGGCCCCGGCGCCAAAUCGCAACCUGUGCGCGCUACGUGCGAGUUGGACAUCAGCAUGACGUUCUCCACGUCUUCUUCUUCACUGUCGCCAUCUGUAACGCCUUCGACGCCCGAUAAAGCACUCAUGGAAGACAGAGAAGUGGACGCAAGAGGAUGCGAGAAGGAAGAUGGAUUUGUGGGAAAGUGGGUACAACGGGACUUGAUUAAAGACGUGGAGAAAAAAUGUGAGAUGGUGACAAAGGAUAGGUUGGUAGAGGAACCGGACGUGAGUAAGGCUGAGAUGGACAAAGUAGAAGCUGUCAACCUUGGGUGCAAAAUAAACGCUGCGGACCUCUCCCCCAAGGAAUGGGUUGAGGCACUUUGGGAACGCCAGUCCACUCAGGAUGGAUUCAAUGAUGAGGAGAAGAAGGGAGGCGGAAACGAAGAGCUGAAGAUGGAAGAAGGCUCAGAGGACAAGAAGGAGGAGGACCAGGAGACGGUCGCUGGUGUCCAACAGGCAGAAAAAGACGUGUGCUCGUUUUCAGGUUGGCACAGUGAAUCUUCCAGCGUGAACGUGGAGCCACCAACGCCGGGACGCAGCGUCAGCUCAGACCUGCUCGACAGGCGGGAAAGUCACGAGAAUUCCAGCGAUUCCAUCACUUCCUCGUCCAGAGGCGAAUCAGGGAGAUCCCGACGCAACGGUGACAACUCGAAGAACUCACCUCAGGGCGGCUCGUCGGAGUCGGUGAACGGCAGAAAGGAAGAAGGAGCGCUGGUGUCGGAGAAGAAAGUCCAGCAGCGGCUUAGUUUAGAUUCCGGCUCUGAGGAAGAACAGACCGUAACAACGAGAAUCUUCCGACGACGUAUCAUUUUAAAGGGCGAGGAAGCAAAAAACAUAUCGGGCGAGUCUGUGACCGAGGAGCACUACUUGGACGAAGACGGUAACCUCGUCAGUAGAAAAGUCAUCAGGAAGGUGAUUCGACGGGUGUCGAGUUCCGCAGCAGACAACCACAAAUGGCACGGGGACCUUCAGCAAAGUCCCAUCCUGCAGGACGACGGGCCUGAGAAGGAAGGCGGGUCGAGGAAUAGCAGGCGAAAGGACGACAGGAGGCCCGGAGACAAGAAGCUUCACUCAUAGGGACGCUAUGUCCCUAUUUGUUCUCUUGCCAGCCAUGGUGGGAUCAUAUUCCAUGUUCCUGGGAGGAGGAGGAGGAGGAGGAGGGGGGGUGGGGUUCCAGUUUGAGGACUCAGUAUGGGAUGGCCGAGACUCCAGCCAGCCAGCAUCUGCUUCGACCAAAACGGGCUUCGCUUGAGAAGAGUCGACGCCCCUCUUCCAACGACGACAACAUGACAGACUCACUCCCUGUCAAUCAAAAAAAAAAAAAAAAAAAAGGGCCCGGGCGGUUGCCGUACCGAACACUUCCUGCUUUGGCGGCGCUACCAAAGACGGCACAAGAGCUCCAUCCACACGGUGGCGACAGAGAGCACGAAGAAAACACAAAACACUUUCAACACUGGCCUUAUAGUUUUUCUUGAACCCACUCUCCAUUCUUUGGGGACAUUUUUUCUUCCUUUUUUAAACAAAAAAAAAACCUUUUUUCUGUAUAUAGAGGCAGAAUGUGUACAAUUCUUAAUAUACUACUGGUACCGGAGAGGUCUUUUCGAGCAAAUUUCACUUUUAAAGAUUUGUGUGGAACACAGCUUCUUGUAAAAUAGAGCGGGUAUAAUAUUUGUACAUGGGGAAAAAUACAAAAAAAAUACAAAAAAGAUGCUUUGAUUUUAACUUUCCACAAAUUCAGUAUUCCCAAAAGCGGGAUUAAACUUAAUUCCCGCCAAGCCUUUCUGCAGAGUAUUUUCCACGCAUGCCCUCCACUUUAUUUUAAGUACAAUUUCUACCGGUUUGCAAACACGAGCCCUUUUAACUGUGGUCCUGUCACUGAUUUAUAUUUUAAACAGCGAUACCAUUGAAGCAUUUAUCAUGUUUUAAGGGAGGGCAAGGGGGGUACUAAAUUAGCUUCCAGAGGAUGUAAUGUUUUAUGUGUGUGUGUGUGUGUGUGUGUACAUAAAAAUGGAGGGCAGUUUGAGAGGGAAAUAAUGUUGAAUGUAAGUAAAAGUGUAUUGUUUUGCGAUAAGGUGUAAGAGUCUGUACACUGUUUCACUGUUUUAGACUGUAAGCAUCUUCUAGCAGUGUGUCCAUUUAUUAUGGCGAAGAUAAGGGCAUUUUUUUUGGGGGGGGGUGAUGUUUUAUUAAUUCACCACAUUAUGAUUUGUAGCUCUCAAUAGUAUUAUUACAUAAAAAGUAAAAAAUAAUUAGCGUGACUGAUGCUGGGUGAUAAGCAGGAGAGUCUUCAAUGUGUUUUGGUUUUCAUUCGUCUUCUGCGACGCCGAUGUCAAUGCUGUGGACAUUCAGUUUCUUUUUCAUCAUCAUCAUCAUCAUCAUCAUGGGGCAAGGGGGUGUAGAUGAUCCUUUGAUAAUGAUUCAACUAUCAAGGUUUUGUGUUUCAUAAUGUGUUUUCACCCAAACUGAUUUUUUUUUUUUUUGGUGUACAAUUAUUUACUAACGAGUGAAGCCAUUCAAAUGUAAUAAUAAAUAACGAUUCUAGCACUUUGGUUAUCUUUUAGAAGCUAUAGCAGAGAUGAUGACACCGUUUCAAGAAAAAAAAGGCAAAAAAGUUUUUAAAAAAAGGGACAAAAAAUAAAAAUUGCAUUGAUUUUGCUUGAAAAGAA